AGGGACGGGGAGGAAGAAGAAGAAUCUGGGGAGGAGGAGGCCGUGGCUAUGGAGAAGGUCGAGGAGGAAGACAAAGAGGAGGACGACGAAGGAGGAGGAGGCGUCGACGAUGGAGGACGAGGAGGAGAAUGAGGAGGAGGAGGAGGAGGAAGAAGAGGUGGAGGAGGAAGAAGAGGUGGAGGAGGAGGAGGCCACGAAGAUGGAGGAGGAGGAGGGAGAGAACUUAGAGGAGGAAGAAGAAGAAGCGGAGGAGGAGGAGGACGACGACGACGAGGAGGACAAGGGGGACAGCAAUUGGCGGGACGAGGAGGAAGAAGAAGAAGCGGGGGAGGAGGAGGUCGUGGCGAUGAAGAACGACGAUGAGAAAGACGAAGAGGACGAGGAGGACGAUGACGAAGAAGGAGGAGGAGGAGGAGGAGGAGGCCUCGACGGGGUUGAAGGAGGGGCAGGCGGUGGCAGCGGCGGUGGCAGCGGGGGAGGAGGUGGCCCCGACGAUGGUGGAGGAGGAGAUGACGAUGGGAUAGGGAUUGGCGGGACGAGGAGGAAGAAGAGGAAGCGGGGGAGGAAGAGGCCAUGGCGAUGGAGAAGGACGAGGAGAAAAACGAAGAGGAGGAUGACGAAGGAGGAGGAGGAGGAGGAGGAGGACGUGGAGGCCCCGAUAGUGGCGAAGGAGGAAGAGGCGGCGGCAGUGGCGGUGGCAGCCGGGGAGGAGGUGGAGGAGGAGAGACGACGAGGAUACGGAGGAGAAUGAGUAGGAGAAGGCCCCGACCAUGGUGGAGGAGGAGGAGGAGGAGGAGUGUGAGGGGGCCAAAGUGAUUGGCCACCCGAUC